AUGACCGGUUCAUUACUACGAAACCUAGUUAACGCCCCUUCUUUGAAAUUAUUGAGAAAUGCUGGUAAGAGGACUUUUCCGUGCAUUGGUACUUUUGCACAGAAAAGAUUUCUUUCCUCCGCCAGUGAGAACAUGGUGAGUUCGAAUUACUUAAUUCUACCUCUUAAAGAAAUUCGAGAUUUUAACGACAGCUCGUUCAUGACCGUUAGAGACGCUUUGAAUUUAGCGCUCGAAGAAGAGUUUAUCCGUGAUGAGCGCGUUUUCUUGAUUGGAGAAGAAGUCGCUCAAUACAAUGGCGCAUAUAAGGUUUCAAAAGGUCUUCUCGAUAAGUUCGGUCCAAAGCGUGUAAUUGACACGCCGAUAACAGAAGCAGGAUUUGCCGGUCUAGCUGUUGGCGCAGCCUUAUCUGGUUUAAGGCCAAUUUGCGAAUUCAUGACAUUUAAUUUCUCGAUGCAAGCCAUCGACCAAGUGGUCAAUUCUGCUGCCAAAGUUUGUUACAUGUCUGGUGGCACUGUAGAAUGCCCAAUAGUUUUCAGGGGUCCUAACGGAUCAGCAAUAGGUGUAGCCGCUCAGCAUUCUCAAGACUAUGCGGCAUGGUAUGGCGCUAUUCCAGGUUUAAAGGUAGUUUCUCCGUGGGACAGUGAAGACGCUAGAGGAUUAUUGAAGGCCGCCGUUCGAGAUCCAAACCCUGUUGUUUUAUUAGAGAAUGAACUUCAGUACGGUGUGUCAUUCCCGGUUCCCCAGGAAGCCAUGUCUCCCGAUUUUGUGUUGCCAAUUGGUAAAGCAAAAAUUGUAAAAGAAGGAAAGGAUGUAACUCUUGUCUCAUAUUCGAGAACAAUGAACUUUUGUAUUGAAGCUGCUGAAAAGUUAGAGAAAGAUGAGGGGAUUUCAGUUGAAAUUAUUAAUUUAAGGUCGAUCAGACCACUAGAUAUAGACACGAUUAUUAAUUCUGUCAAAAAAACCAAUCACUUGGUGUCUGCGGAAUCUGGAUUUCCUCAUUUUGGUGUUGGGAGUGAAAUAUGUGCUUUGGCAAUGGAAACCGAAAUAUUCGAUUACUUGGAUGCACCAGUAGAAAGGGUGACAAGUGCCGAUGUUCCCACGCCAUACGCUCAAAACUUGGAAUACUUGAGUUUUCCAAAUGCCGAGGUAAUAGUAAAAGCCAUUAAACGUAGUCUAUACAAAAAAGGCAAAUAA